GUUGCUUACUCAUUUAUCAAACAUGGAAAACAAAGAUAACAAAAUCAACCAUUUGGUUAUCGAUACAAACGCCAUUAUCAAUGGUAUGACUUUAAAGGAUACUGCCGAUUGUUUUUAUACUUGUCCUGAAGUGUUAUCCGAAGUACGAAGUGCUCACUCCCGAGAAUACUUAACUCGACUUCCUUUUGAAAUCAAGGUGGAAAAUCCUACCGAAGAAUCUUUGAAAGCUGUCAUCAACUUUGCCCGAAAAACUGGUGAUUAUUCUUCUCUUUCUAUGCCUGAUAUACGAGUUAUUGCUUUAACACAUACUAUUGAAGCACGUCGUAACGGUUUAGAAAAUAUUCGAACUGAACCUAUCAAGACUCGACCUACUGGAACUCUUACUAGUGCACCUCCUCCUAAGAAUAAGGUCAAACCCAAAGUGAUAGAAGUAGAUGAAGAUGGAUGGGAAGUUGUCACACCUGCCAAUAAAUCGACCAAAAAUUCCAAAAAAAACAAGAAUAACAGUAACAACACCACCACUACUACUACUACUACAACUACUUCCAACACUACUGACAAAGAUGUUAUUGACAAUGACAAAGAAGCAGCUAAUCAAAUCGAACAGCAACAAAAAGAAGAAGAAGAAGAUGCUCAAAUCGUGGAUACCUUGGCACAAAAUGUGUCUGAUGUUAUUAUUGAAGAAGUGGAACCUGAUAUGGAAUUCGAUGGUGAUGAUGGAGAAUGGAUUACACCUGAAAAUGUAGAUGAAUUCAAUGCUUUGAAACUUGGGGUGACUCCUGCUGAAUUCCGAAAAAUGAAUAUUAUGGAUGUUGCUUGUAUGACAAAUGAUUUUGCUAUGCAGAAUGUUUUAUUACAAAUGAAUCUAAAUCUCGUAUCAACUGGUGGUCAUCGUAUUUCCAAAAUCAAGAAUUGGGUUCUUCGAUGUCAUGCUUGUUUUACAGUAACAGCAGAUGUGGAUAAGAAGUUCUGUCCAAAGUGUGGUAGUGCAACAUUGAUGCGUGUAUCUUGUACAACAAAUAGCAAGGGUGAAAUCAAAUAUCAUCUCAAGAACAACUUUCAAUACCGACUUCGUGGCACAAGAUAUGAUAUCCCCAAUCCUAAGGGUGGACGAAAAACAAACAAUAUUGUUUUACGAGAAGAUCAACGUGAAUAUGUUAAGGCUCAAGAAACACAAUCCAAAAAGAAGAUCGUUGAUUUGUUUGAUCCUGAUUUUGUACCUCUUUAUGGUAAACUGGAUACUCGUACUGUCAAUAAUAAUAUGUUUGGUACAGAUGUUAUUGGUUUUGGUCGUAGGAAUCCAAAUCAAGGUCGAAAACGAACAGGGAAAGGCAAGAAACGAUCUUAAUUUUUUUUUCUUUAUUAGAUUAGAUAUAUGAUAGACUUAUCUUUCCCCCUUUUAUAUAUAUACAUGUAUUAUUCUUAUCAUUUCAUCUUCAUUUUUAUUCUACAACUGCAUUCUUUUUUCUUAUCAAAAUAAAAAUAUAUAAUCAUAAAAAAAAUUAUCCAUACUAUUAUUUAUGCAAUAUGGAAAAUGGAGUCCCGACUCCUUGGUGCACUGCCUUUUGACUAUAAAAAUUUAUAUGGCUUUUUUUUUUUGUUUUUAU